AUGGGCAGCUUCUUCUCCAGAGAACCUCAGCACGACCCCUUCGAUCCCAUCAAGGACCUCCCAGACCUGUCCGGGAAGGUGAUCAUCGUCACCGGAGGGAACAGCGGGAUCGGCUUCACGACCGUGCAGUACCUCGCGCGCAAGGGCGCGAAGGUGUACAUCGCGGGGCGCAGCGAGGCGCGCGUCAAGGCCGCGAUCGAGCGAUUGCACGCCGAGGGACUCGAGCCGGGCAAUGGGGCGGUCGAGUGGCUGAAGCUCGACUUGGGCGACCCGCGCAAGGUGAAGGAGAGCGCGGAGAAGUUCGCUGCGAGGGAGACGAGGUUGGACGUGCUCGUCAACAAUGCCGGCGUCAUGAACGGACAAUACGUACUCAACAAGGAUGGCAUCAUCGAGUCGAUGGUCACCAACUUCAUUUCUCCGGUCGUGUUCACUCGGGCCCUACUGCCGCUCCUCACGCAGACUGCGAGGCAGCCGAAGGCGGACGUCCGCAUCGUCUGGGUCUCCUCGAUAGCAAUGUCCCAGUUAAAAGGCCGCGAGGUCCGCUUCCGAAACGUCGAGGACCUCAACGAGAAGUUCGGGCUGCAUCCUCUGCAGCCCAUCCUCCGCUACGCGAAGUCCAAGCUCGCCGUAUUCUUGUGGGCAAGGAAGCUCCAGGCGGAGCUUGACGCCGCAGGCACGCCUAUCACGAUCGUCUCGGUCCACCCUGGAGCCGUCUGGUCAGAGGGUGUCUAUAACGAGCCCUUCUUCCGUUUGCCUGUCGUCGGCACGCUCGCCGCUGCUAUCAUGAGCAGGACGUUCCUGCCUCCAGCUAUCGGAGCGCACCCCUCUGUCGUAGCCACCGCAUCUCCGGCCGUGACAGCGGAAAAGGAGAAGUACACGAAGGGUCUCUUGUUACAGCCUGCCGGCAAGCUUGGCGAUGUGCCCGCCCCUCAGUGCAACGACGAGAAACUGGCCGAUGAGGUGUGGGCCACGGCGGAGGCACUCCUGAAGCAGUGGGACAUAUCGGUAUGA